AUGAUGCAGAUGAAGAACAGCCAUCCUUUUUACAGAACCCAUCAGAGCACGGGCGAGCCUGGUUACUACAGAGUACCCUCUAAGGUGGUUUCCAUUCCGGUUCACUUUGUGGGUUCAGAGCGCAGCAGAACCGAGUCUGCGAUAAAGAUUCAGAGGAUGUUGAGAGGGUUCCUUGUGAGGAACGCGAUGAAGAAGAUCGGUGCCAUGAGGGUGGAGUUGGAGCGGAUCGAGAGCGGGAUUCGAGUGGAAGUGUUGAGGAGGGAAGAAAAGGAGAGGGUGAGGGUGAUCGAGACCAUCAUGAACUUGCUUCUGAGGCUGGAUUCUGUUCGGGUGUUGCACUACUCUGGCCUCAGGGAGUGCAGAAAGUCUGUCAUAAAAAAAGCUAUUGCCGUUCAAGAAAUGCUCGAUGAAAUGUCCGUUCUGGGUUCAGAGGAUUGUUUGGUGAAGGAAGAGGAAUGUAAUGCAAUGGAUGAAGAGGGAAAGGAGGGUGAAAUUACGUGUGAGGAGCAAAAGGAAGAAGAGAAGAUUGAAGUUUUGAGGAAUGAGGAGGUGGAAGGGAAGGAAGAUGAUGAAGAAGGAAAGAGUUUGGUGAAAGGGGAUUGUGAAACAGAGGAAGGUGAUGAGAAGAAGAAGAAGAAGAAGGAGAUGUUGUUGGAGAAGCUUGUGGAAGAUAACCAGAAGAUGAUGGAGAUGAUGACGCAGCUUUUUCAGAGGAAUGAAACAGAGACUACACUUCUCAACUCUCUCUCGCAAAGGGUGGAGCAGAUUGAGAGAGCAUUUGUGAGUGAGAAGUUGAGGAGCAAGAAGAAGAAGAGCAAAGCUAAGCAAACUCGCCCUAAAAAUGGCUUCCACUGA